CUCUCUAUUAAUUCUAAGAUCGAUGAUGAGAAAAAAUUAAAAAUCUCUGAUUGAUUUGGGUUAAAACAUAUAUACCUAGAGAGAAAUACAGAGAGAGAUGGAGAUUAUUAAGCAUUUCAGUCACAAGCAUGUGUUAUCGCUGAGUGAAAAGAAGAGAGGAGAUAACGUUCUUUGCAACGCAUGCUAUGAUGAUUGCGAUGAAGGUCGGAUCUACAGCUGCAGGGAAUCUGUUUGCAACUUCGACCUGCACGAAUCAUGUGCAAAGCUACCGCAGGAGUUGCACAACCCCCUUCUUCACCCACACCCUCUUUCCCUAGUAUUCGCAAAUUACGAGAGUUUUGGGCGUAACUGUAAAGCUUGUGGCAAUACUCUCCCGGUGUCGUUAAUCUUCCGCUGCGACAAGUGCAAGUACUUCAAGGUUGAUGUUAAGUGCGCUUUUAUAAGGCCAGCGAUAGAAGAAGGGGAGGAGGAGGCAGUUGUUGUUGGUACACAUUUUAGCCACCGCCAUCAUCCAUUGCUACCCUUGGAGAACAUACCUGCCCAUCGCUUUAACUGCAGCGUAUGUGGAAAAUACUGCUCGGACCCGAAGACCUAUGGUUGCCUCCCAUGUGGCUUCUUUCUCCAUCCCUCGUGUUUUAAGUUGCCGGAAGAGAUUUUCCAUCCCUUUCAUCCAUACCACCCUCUCACCGGAAAACGCAUCAAGAAGCCAAAACGCAUCACGAAGGAUGAUGAUGAUGCUGAUGUUAAAUGCAAUGCCUGUCGCAAGGAUAUCCCGUGGGACACAUUCGCCUACGUUUGUGAGUGUAAGAUUAAAUGUAGCUUUUGCUUACAAUGCGCUAGUGUGAUAAUGCCUGCCAUAACAUACCAAGGCCACGAUCACCUUCUACUAUUCAAUGACAAUAUUAGAAAGAUCGAGUGCAGCGCUUGCAACAAAUCCAGUGCUUGUGAAUCAUAUGGCGGUUUCCGUUGUCUGUAUUGUGAUUGCAAUCUCCAUCUUACGUGUGGUCCAUUACCAUCUACCAUUAAACACAAAUCCCACAUACAUCCCCUUAUUCCCACGCAUUCUCUUGCUGAACAUGAAGAUGAGACACAAGAUGAAUUCUAUUGCGAUGCUUGUGAGGAAGAAAGAGACCCAUUCUUACCCAUCUAUUCUUGCGCCGAAUGUCAUUUUGUUGCUGAAAUUUCUUGCGUCAUCUCAGAGGUAAAAUCAAGGCUAAAUGGAGAUUAUGGAGAUGUAGAGUUGAGGAAUCCUCUUGGACAGUUUGGUAAGGUGAUCAUUACCAGAGACACAGCAAAAGAGUUUGUGCAAAAGAAAGAUCAAAAUUCGCCUUUCACUUGGUCUUGGAUGGAUUUUGUUAUUUUUAUUGAGGACGAGAAUAUGGAGGAGCAGAAUCGCAUAGCGGAUAGUAUAAAGGAAGCAACUACUGCUGAAAAGAUAGAAGCUUAUGACCAUGAGGAAAUUAUAAUGUUUUCUGACAAGGCUUAUACACAUUUCAUAGAUUUUCUAAAUCAUUCUCAGGCUUCUCAUAGCUGGUUUUCUAGCUGGUUUUCUGAUUAUUCUCUUAUAGACGAAGAGGUUGUCAAUGUUGGGGAUUACAUGACUACUCGAAAGUUGGCCCCUAUCUUGAACCACUUGCUUUCUAACCAUGGGGAUAUUGGUGCCCAAUCCACGUUAAGUCCCCAGCUGAAAUCGCAUUACUUUUUCAUGUUAUGUGAGUGCAUAGAUCGCAUGAGAAACACCAAAGUUGUGGAUAUCACUGAUUAUAUACUUCUCAACUGGUGGACAUGCUUGAAAACCUUGCAAUUUGCAGGAUUUAAAAUUGAAUUUGUCUUUGAUCGUUUGAAGAGAGUUACACAUGCUCAUUUUGGUCUUUAUGUCGAAAAGCAUGUUGACAGUGUUGUUGAUCAACUCGAUAGAGAUAUUGAAAAGCUUGAGGCACUUACAAGGAAACGUGAGCGCAUAAAAUCUGCAAAAUCUGCAAAAUCUCUGCUAAUUGAGGAAUGUUUGAGAGAGGCUUAUGUACUGAGAAACGUUAAAGCAAUUACGUCUAGGCUACUAUAGAUGUCAACAUUGUUAAAUGUCUAUUUCUAUGCAUGUAUGUUUUGGUCUUUUAUAUUAGUUUGUCUUAUGA